CUUUUAUGUCGGUGUUGUAAAGAUGAGCAGAAGGAGAGGCUGCCUCUGACGAAGCAACAUGGAGUCCAGCACACGGCUUCAGGCGAGUCUGAUUUUGUUGGUUUCCGUUACCUGCAGCUUCGGACAACAAAUCAGGAACGGACCCGCUCUGAAAAUGGACCAGGCUCUGCUCACGUUUCACAACCAGCUGAACGAACAGUUGCACGUUUUCUACACGACAGAUUUCUGCUACAAGUGUGUGCAGCAGCACUUGGUGUCCGUGCAGACAGACAACAGCAACUCCUCUGCAACAAUCAGCACUAAGUUCACCCUGACUCUGCAGGUGGAGGGGCAGAACCGGAGCGAACCUCUCUGCAGGUGGAGUCAGACUUAUGAAGAAGGGGGUCGUUACUCCGUUUGGAUCCAGGCGCCGGUGGCGUUCACUCAUCCAGUCUGCAGUUUUUCUGUGGACAAGAGUCCAAACAACGCUCAUCUGCCUCUUCUGGUGGUCGCGUUCCUUUUGGCCAUAACGGCCCUCUUGUUUGUCGUGGUACCGUACGUCUACAGGAGACGUUGCACAAAGUGUCGUAAAACCCUCUGCUGCCAAGAUCCACAGUACUCCGUAGAUAACGAUGAUGGUGAAACUGCAGAAAGUCCCGGUAAAGCCAAACCGUCUCGCCUGCUCUCUCUGGACACUUUCCGAGGGUUUGCCCUCACGGUCAUGGUGUUUGUGAAUUAUGGCGGAGGAGGAUACUGGUUCCUUCAGCACGCACCUUGGAACGGUCUGACUGUGGCGGACCUCGUCAUGCCGUGGUUCGUCUUCAUCAUGGGGACGUCGGUGGUUUUGGCUUUCAGCUCCAUGCAGAGGAGAGGAGUCAGCCGCCUGCAGCUGCUGCGGAAGGUCACCUGGAGAACCGCCGUCCUGAUGCUGCUCGGCUUCUGUUUCCUCAACUACUCUCCACGAGACGGACCACUGUCCUGGUCCUGGCUGCGGAUCCCCGGAGUGCUGCAGCGUCUGGGCUUCACCUACUUUGUUCUGUCUCUCCUGCAGACUUUCUGGGGCCAGACAGAAAUCCCAGAGAGAGAGGGAACCUCUGCAGCCGCCCUCUGUAAGUGCACACGAGACGGAGGAUUUAUUCCUGUCAAUAAAAACCUUUGGUCGCUGUCGUACGUGAUGUGCAUGGGUUGCUUCUCCUUCCUGCUGCUCGGAGGCAUGUACCUCAUCAUCGACGUGAAAGGCUGGUGGAGCGGACAGCCCUUCAUCAAUCCAGGAACGAACUCCAUCUUGGUGUACGUCGGCCACUCGCUCCUCGGGUUCUACUUUCCCUUCAGCUGGGAAAUCCGCUUCCAGGAGAGCCACUGGGAGCUGCUGCUGCAGAACCUGUGGGGAACCGCGCUGUGGGUGCUCGUGUCCUACCUGCUGUACAGGAAGAAGUUCUUCCUCAAAAUAUAAUCUGGAUCACCGGACCCAACGUUCUGCCGUUACUAAAACCUUCCUGUUG